CACCUCGGAGAAGUAUGUCUUUAUCUACACUUUUUGUCCUUUGUUUCCUCUCUCCCCCACCAUUCUUUCUCCUCUCUCCGCUUCUUCUUCUUCCCCUGUUCCUCUUAUAACCCCUCUCGUCUCAUGUCUACCUCCUCCUCUUCUUCCAACAACGGAGACUCCGACGCCGGUGGAAGCGGCGGCGUUUUCGAGGCCCCUUCUCCUUCUCGCCCCCGCCGUGGCGCUAACGACGUCUGGCCGGAGCCUUUUCUUGAAUCUCUCGCCGUUCAGGUCGCCGUUAAUGCUUCCUCAUCCUCCGGCCUCCUCGCCUCAGCUCCGGCUCUUGCCAACGUUUUUCGGGUUUGCACCACGUGGCAAGCUGUCUCUCGCUCCGACCAUCUAUGGCAACUCCUCUCUCGCCAAGUUUGGGCAAGAACACAUUUGAUGCACGACACGUGGCGGGAUGAGUUCAUCUACCGUCAUCGAACGGCCAGAAACUUCCGGACGCGUACUCACACCUACUUCACUCUCCAAUUUGACCCGUCUGAUGUGGACGAGCCUGAUAGUCUCUCAUGCCGUUGUCUCACUCUCUCCGACCUCUACUUAGCCGCAGGGUUCGCCGACGGAACCGUCCGCCUCUUUCUUUUAAAUAGCCGUCUCCACGUCAGGACUCUACGGCCACCUCUACGUGACCGCUUUGGCAGAUUCUCACGAGCCGUCUCGGGCAUUUUUAUAUCCGACUCAAGACUCACGUUUGCUACGAUGGACGGAGACAUCCACGUGGCGGAAAUAGACGGCGUUGGUCAUACACGCACGGCUUACGCCGGAGAUAUAGUUAACGACGGUGCUUUGGUAGAUUUCACUGGCUGUGGACGUUGGUGGGUCGGUCUUUUCGCUGGUGUACCAGGUCGUGCCUUUCACAUAUGGGACUGUAACAGCGAGGAGACAACAUUCGUCGGUGGUUCACUCACUGAUCCAGAAGCCGUCAUGGGUUGGCACACGUUAACAGAGCUAACAACGUCGCUUGGCCGACUAAGAAUCUCCGGCAACGAGACAGCCGUAGCAUGCACGAGAUGGAGGAUCAUGGUGAUCGAUCUAAGAAACCAAGGAGUGAUCAUCGGAGAAGACGAAGAGCAACGUAGAGGACUAAUAGUAACAGGCUUCGACGCCAACGACGAAGCGUACCUUAGAAUGGACAGUAGAGGUAACGCGAGAGUGCGCAGGGUGAACACACUACAAACGGUGUGUGAGUUCCGUGUGAGUGGAGCGGCGCAGAGAAGAGUCAUGGGUUGUGUUAAUAGACUGCACGCGCUAAUGUGCGCAGGUGGUAUAAUGCGCGUGUGGGAGGUAGAGAGAGGAGAGUAUCUGUACAGUAUUAGGGAGAGAGUAGGAGAAGUUGACGCCAUUGUUGCCGAUGAUAGACAUGUGGCGGUUGCUUCGUCUUCAUCAACGGCUCAGAGUAUUAUACAUCUAUGGGAUUUCGGUGCACUGUAGCGUACAAGAUUAGUAAUAUAUUUAACUUGAAGAAAAAGAAACUAUUUUUCUCUGAAAAAGCGAAACCCUAAACCUAGGUGUAUAUGUAGGGUUUCUGAUUUUUAAUUAAAUUGGGAAAGUGACGGAGGGAAGAUGGUGACAGGAGGGUGAGAUUUACAAGGGAGAUUGAUUCUUUCUACAGAGUUUGACCAAAAGUACGUUACUGUUUUUGUCUAAAACCAAACGAAGUGGACUUUUUCUUAUUGUUCUUGUUUUUUCUUCUUCUUAUGUUUAGGGCUCUCUCAAUUCUGACU